GAGAGAGGAGAGAGAGAGACAGGAGAGACAGGAGAGAGACAGAGAGAGAGAGAGACCCAAACACACGGUUAGCAGACAACUAUCAAACAACGGCGGCCUGACAGCUAAUCUAAGCUGCACAAAUUACCCCCUACCGGUAAACAAUGUGACCAAGUGAGGAGGGGGACACCGCGGCGAGGACUGUCAGAAAACACAUGACAACCAACUUCGGUUGCCUUGUGAGCGGCGCACCAUGGAAUCUCAGCCGAGUGUAUACAACGAGGAAAGGAAACUUCUUCGCCUCCGAGCAUGGGAACAGAGGAACCAAGAAACAAGCCAAGCCAAAGAACUCAACCCUGAGAAUGUGCCACUCUUUGGGGAACCAUACAAGACAAACAAAGGGGAUGAGCUUUCCAAUCGAAUCCAGAGGAUGCUGGGCAAUUAUGAAGAUGUGAAUAAUCCCUAUCCCGUUGCAAUUGAGCCGUUAGCCAUUCCUACUUGUGUAACCUUCUCACAGUCAGAUCAAGGUCAGCCAAAUUCAGAUAAACCAACCAAACCUCCAUUCCAUAACCAGAUCCAGUCCACCCAAAGUCAGAGAACCCCUUCUAGUAACGGUUACACCUCUCCGCCCAUGAGGACAUCCACUGCUUCACUUUCUCCUAACCACCACCGACAUUCAUCCGCUUCCUCGAAUGCGUCUUUGAACCACAGUCAGCUCAUCCACUCAGCACAUCAACAAAAGAAGAGUGAAGCCCACUCAGAUCUCAGGGAGCGUGUCAGCCUUUCCCAGGAAAUGUCUUCUCAGUCUCCUGAUGCUAAGCCACUACCCUUCCUGCGUUCCAGUGACCAUGAUAACACUGACAUGGACACUAAGGACACCUUUGAUAGACAUCCGCUUCAAGGGUCCACGGAUCCCCCCCCUGAGUCCGCCAGCACCGUGGAUGUUUCCACCUUUAACCUGAAACAGUCCCCCAAAGAUGCGUCGCUGCCUCAAGCCAACAAGGGUAACUCACUGCCCUCCCAGACCUUCCCUUCACUCCUGUCGUCUAAGCAGCCCAGCGUUGUCAUGACGCAGAAGCCCACAGCGUAUGUGCGACCCAUGGAUGGUCAGGACCAGGUGGUCAGCGAGUCACCUGAGCUGAAGCCUUCACCAGAGCCAUAUGUGCCUCUACCGGAGUUAAUCAACAAAUCUGACCUGGGCAAAGCGAAGAUACUGCCUCAGUUUUUGGAGACAAGGACAAAUGAAGCUCAAUGUGUUGAGGACAUCUUGAGGGAAAUGACCCACUCAUGGCCCCCUCUCCUGACAGCUAUACACACACCUGGCACUGGUGAACCCUCCAAGCCCCUGUUCCCAGCCAAGGAAGCAGAGCAUGUCUCUUCACAUCCAGGACAAAAAAUCUAUAACUCCUCUCCUGCAGAUCCAUCUCAGCACAUCCAGCAGAGCUCCUCAUCUUUAUUUGAAGCAGCACAUUCCAGAGGGGUAGAGUCCGCCAGCUCCAGCGACUCAGAGAGUAGCUCCAGAUCAGAGUCGGACAGUGAAAGCACCACGGAGGAACCACCUCAACCGCCAGUGAGCAACUCCAUUAAAUCAGAGCCUGAUGCUCCUGCAGUGACCCAUGUUGACUGGCAGUUGGGGAACUGGAUCAGGUCCAGCCAGCAGAGCUCCAGCACUGAAAGUCAUAGCAGUGCACAGGCCUCUGUGAGCCCCGCUCACAAACAGCCACCGCCCACUCAAAGCACCAAGCACUCCAGUGUAGAGGUGAUCGCCCCCACCAGGGAAUCUAAACCUCCGCUUUCUCCUCUGCAGAAGGAGUUCACCGAUAGCCUUGGAAAACCUCAGCAGUACCGUGAAGGCCCUCAGGACAACUAUAACCAGCAAAGUAGCCAAAUAUCCCCCUCUGCUGAUUUGAACACCUGUAGCAGGAAACUCUCAUGGACCACGAACUCCUUGAAACCAGCGAAGGCAGGUUGCCCAGAUCGCACUGAAGCAGCUAUCGGCGUGAAGUGUGAGGAAGUUUUAGCCACGCGAGACAAAGACCCAUGUUUCAAAGAGAGACCCAAGGUAAAGACGAAAACAGAGCGUAGCAAGAAAAGCAAGGACAGCAGUAACACUAAAAGAGACAGUAAGAGGAUUUCUAAACACACAUCACUUGACAAACGGAAGGCUGGAUCAGAGACUGAAGUCCCACUGGUCCCGUACGGCCAGUGUCCAUCAUGUGGUGUGCGAUAUCCGAACCCCUGCUCCUGCCCCACCGAAAAUCCUGCUCAGCCUGAACAGCUGUCUCUUGCCCCACCAGCUAGAAUCAGUUGUAGAAAACCAAAGUCACAGACCAUCUGCCAGAAGGGCACCAAGAUUCCUCACAAAGCAACCCACAAGCACUCAGAGAAGACUGGGCACACAACCAAGAGUUCUCAAGACCCCCACAGGCCUCCGAGAUCCCUGCUGGUGAAGAUUGAUCUAAGUCUGCUCUCAAGAGUCCCCCAGAUCUCCGGCAACCGCCAGGAUAUACCUGGCAAUGCAAAGAGAUCAGCUUUGGUCAUAGAGCAAGAUGUUGGGGGCAAUGAUGCUUCUACAACACACAAACUCACCAAAACCAGCAAAAAGAGUAUACCUCAAAAUGUUGAGGUAGACAAUAAAACUGUUCCCAGAAAGAAACCAAGGCUGGAAAACAAAAAUACCUCCUCAAGUCAUCCUUCUGUCAAACUGGAAAGUUCCAGCAAUUCAACAGAGGACUGGGAGCAAAAGAUGGCCAAGAAAAAUCCUGUUCCCUUGCAGCAGUCUCUGACACCCAAAGGCACCGCGAAAGACUCAAAGCUACACAAACGCAUUUCUGGGGAGACCCAGGACACCAGUAAGGAGGCUGUAAAGAGCAAAGACUCAAGCAAGCACAAGAAGAGCAGCGGAAAGCACACAGAGCGCCCACACCUUGAAAAGCAGAAGCCCCCAAAGAGCAGUCUCGCCAUCCCAUCAUUUUCACAGCCCACCAGGGAAGUUUUGACCAACAGGCCCUUGCUGAGAUUUGACGACAGGCCGUAUCCGGUGAAGCAUUACAUAAAAGAAGCCAAAAAACUGAAGCACAAAGCCGAUGCAGAGUCAGAUAAACUCAUUAAAGCUUUCAACUAUCUGGAUGCAGCCAUGUUCUUCGUUGAGAGUGGCAUUGCCAUGGAAAAAGAUCCACAGAUUUCAAUGUCUUCCUACACUAUGUUUGCAGAGACUGUGGAACUGCUCAAGUUUGUACUGAAACUUAAAAACUCAGUGGACCCCUCUGUUCCACCUUCAGAAAAGGACUUUUUAGCUUUAUGUUUGAAGUGCCAGUCUCUCCUGCAGAUGGCCAUGUUUCGCCACAAACACAAAACUGCACUCAAGUAUUCAAAGACCCUCAAUGAUCACUUCAAUAACUCUGCUCAGAAAACACACAAUCCUUCAGUCGUAACUUCAAAAGUGACAGACACCCCGUCCCCCAUGCCCAACAUGCCGUCUCCAGCCAACACAUCCACCAGCUCAGGUCCUGGCUCCAACCACAGCGGCAGCGGGUUGGUGGUGGACCCGGUCUGCAGCACCGUGGCCGUUCCCCAGGCCAUUGAACAAGUGGCAUUCACCUAUGUCAACAUCACUACGUUAUUUUUGAGCGCUCAUGACAUCUGGGAGCAGGCGGAGGACCUGGCACAGAGAGGCAGCGGUAUGCUGACAGAGCUGGACACAGUUGUGGGCCCACUCAGCCUGACGUCCAGUAUGAGCUCUAUGGUCCGUUAUACGAGACAAGGUGUCCACUGGCUGAGGCUAAGCAGCCAAAAGGUAAAGUGACCAACAAAACCUGCUCCUGUUCCCGGAUGCCUGCAAAACCCUUUCGAGCUGCCUCUGUCUCCUGAACUGUCCCUCAGGCUUUGUGCCAGUUGUCCUUUUUCUUCACUUCACACGGACAUUAACUCAUCUCUUCAAGAAGCUAGACGCACACAGAUGUCACCUAGUGUGCGUGUGCUCAAGGAUACCACACUGAUUAUUGCACUUGUUCAUUUUGUUUUUUUUUUCUUCUCUCAUGUCCACUUUUGGUGUCUCUCUCUUUCGCACUUUUUAUGAACGUGGGUUACGUCUGUCGUAAUCCACGUAUUUCAUGUCUUGCACCUGCUUCCUGUUCCUGUUCCUCUAUAUCAGCCGGAAUCAUGGAAUAAUUUGUGAAUCAGGGCUUCAUUCAAGAGUGACCUUAACUAAAUUUGGAUGGAACUAUCUCAACGUAACCAAAAGUUAAAAAAGUUAAAAGUACUGACACGGAUCUUAUUUAUUAUCACAACUUCUGUUAUUAAUGUUGCUAUUGUGAGCAGUAAACCACCUGUAAAACUAAAGGCACUUAAAUCAUUGUUUAAAAGUAUCAUGUUUAAACUCGUCACCACACAGUUUUUGCUGAUUGAUUUUAUUUAAUUUCUCUUGAAAAGAGAUCAAGUAACCCUGUUUCACUCUAAAAUAGUGGUUUGAUUUGGAUUCAGGGAUUUUGUAUUGUUUUUUUUUUAUUCUGCAUUGUAUUGCUCCCACAAAUCAGCUGGGAUCACCCAUGAGAAUUCAGGUGUACAUUUCACACGUGCAUGAAGUCAUUUCUUAUAACAUUUGUACUGGUGAUAUGUUUAAUUUGAUGUAGGAAGUGGAAAUUAGUCAAAUAUGGGGAAAUUGUUGUGCCACAGAGUAAUAUCAGACCAGCAUUCAGUUUAUCUCUUGUUAGCAUCUGUAUUUUCAGUUUUUUUCAUAUAAGUGUUGCCAGAUUUACAGCUCUGGUUAGAUUGAAAUACACUUCCUGUGCAAUAAUAAGUGCAUUUAUAAGGUUAAAUUAAAAUAUGCCAUACUGUUAGACAUUUUGUCCCCAUCAUGUUGAAUGUAGGUUGAAUUAUGUAAAGAUCAUUGAGAGUUUCCCAUAACGAAGAUAAAUCUAGACACAUUCAAAUGACAAAUCAUGAUAUAAGGAGGUGAAGUAGGUAAGGUUUUAUUACUUCAGGGCAAGAUGUACCUGUAUGACACUAUCAGGUGUAACUGUAGCAUCUGUGGAAUUUCAGCUUUAACUUCUUACCUGUUAGUUCCUGUAAGACACUGGUUUGCAGCUUGACUCUCGUCUGUCGCAGUGAUUGGAAGUUGAUGGCUGGAUCGCGGUUUGAUGGUUGGUGGCUGCAGCUCAGGGUUUGUUCGUCAGACCAAAGCAAACUAUAUUUUAUUCUUGUCACCCUGUUAAAAAAUUGCACUUCUUCUAAUAGAAAUUACACAAGCAGAAAAGUAAACACCUUACUUAUGGAGGUUUCUUGUCUUAACUACUUGCAAGAACAAAAAAAAAAGGGGGGAAUAAUUUUACAUCCCUGACUUUCCUUAUGGUAAAGCGGUGGACGUAGUGGUUCACAUUGGCCGUCAGUUUGAGUUACCUUUCAAGUAUAGUGGAACUACCGCAGUCUUUAAACAGAACUACAUUAGUGUUCCCUUUAUUUGUUUUUGCAGUAAGCUGCUUUCCUCUGUUUGCUACAUUUUUGUUGAGUAGCAAAAUGUUGAGUUGCAAAAUGUUUACUAGAUCUGUGGGAGUAGAAUAAAAUGGCCAAACUAUAGGUUAUUAAAGAAUGCACUUUUCUGAGUAUUUGUAGUUAAUUUCAGUGCGUUAUUGGAAAAAAAGACCACGUUCCUUAAGACCGGCAGGACUGUGCAUGUCUGUACUUGUUUAUUGUAACUUUUGAUUCUCAGCAAUAAAGCGUGCGUUUUGUUGGCUCAAAUGUUUUAGUGAGGCGUACUUCUUAUUGAUACACGUGGGUGGGGAAUCCAAAAAUAAUCAGUAUGAAAAAGUGAGGCGGGAAAAAGGAAAAGUUGCUUUAGAUAUGUGCAUUGAUGAGUAUGUACAUUUGGUUUAGAAAUGUGUUGCUUGUUUAAUUCAGUGGGUGUGUCUGUGCAGUUACACAAUAAAAGGGCUAAACACGGAUCACAAAGUGCUCCGAACUUUAUUUUCUCACACAAAUGAUAUUUUUUUAAGUAAGGAGCGAGUGCACUGGUUCCAUGGCAUUUGGGAUUAUUUUUUAUGUACGGAUCAUCAGCAGGCUGCUAUAGAAAUGAUCUUUAUAGAUUCUCACCACGGAUGUCUACACUGCACUCGAGGUCAUUUUGGCAUUCAACGUUCAUAAAUUGUGCAACUUCAACAGGUUUUUUGGUGUUUUUGUCUUUUUUCAACCUGUGGCUUUAUUUCCAUCAUCCUUGAUUGUGGGUGCUUCAUUUAUGAAUUUCUCUGCAACAGUUUACACCUUGUCCAAAUAAUUAUUUACUGGAAAAAAAUUGAAGGAUGCUUUUUUCCCUUUUUGUGAAAUAUGUAAAGAAUUUGUGUUGCAGUGUACAGAGAUGAAUAAACACUGGAAAUUAGUUUA